UGUACACACAUUCUGGAUUUAAGUCCAGAACGUGGAUUGGAAUAACAUAUUACGGGUAACACAUGCCAAAAUCCGCUCGAUGUCUUCUUCUUACUUAACAUACUUGGUAUUUAUUCCCAUUCUGGGGUUAGUGGUGCCUUCUGAGUCUUUCCAAGCUUUACUUCAAAAUCCUGGUCAAGGAGUGAAUUUUUAUGGAAAAGCACAAAGUAAUCCGCCCCCUAGUGAAUCGAAAGCCAAAAAAGCUUAUAACGAUUUAAUGCAACCAGACUGUAAAUUACCAUCUGAAAAUUCGAGCUGCAAGUCAGACAUAUUUUAUCAUUAUCCGGGAAUCAUAUGCCAGAUUAAGGAUCCCCUUCCAUGUGAUUAUUCAUACCCGUACCGGACUUACGAUGGUUCUUGCAACAAUCCGCACGCUUCAAGGUUUGGUAUGUCGAAUCAAUGCUACGAACGAUUCUUACCUCCUUUUUACGAUGGUUACGGUGGCUUCCGAAAGUCCGUUACCGGUGGGCCUUUGCCAGAACCCAGAGAGAUUACUUUGAAAAUUUUUAAAGACCGUCAUAGGCCUACUGUCAAUGUGACCUUCCAGUUCCUUGAAUUUGCAGAAUUUACAAUAUUAGAUGUUCUUCAAUCUCCUCAACCUCCAAUUAGCUGUUGCUCUGAAGAGAAUGCCGAUAAUCCUUUAUGCAUCCCCAUAAAACUAAAACCGGAUGAUCCGUUUUACUCCAAAUUCAACAAGACUUGCAUAAACCUUCAGAGAACCUUAGAAUGUUCCUGCAAAUCAUCAAGGAGAGCACAACCGAACGAGGCCAGUGCUCAUCUGGAUGAGUCUCAAUUAUAUGGCAACAGUAAAGAAGGGGCAAUGAAAGCGAGGGCCCUAGAUGGAACAGGACAACUGAAAUAUGAAGCUACAAGUGUAGGUUGUCUUCUACCUCGUGGGAAAAAUCCAGAUGAUCCUUUCUGUCCAGUAGGGUAUGAUUCAGUUUGCUUCAAGGGAGCUGAUCCACGUAUAAACCAUCAUACUAUUGUGAUGAGCCAUUUUACCAUUUUCCUGCGAGAGCAUAACAGACUCGCCACGGAACUGAAGAAAAUAAAUCCUCACUGGGGAGAAGAAAAGCUAUUUCAAGAAACCAGGAAGAUUCUUAAUGCAGAGCAUCAAUGUAUGUUCUUCAAAGACUUCUUACCAAUUCUUUUGACACCUCGUAUAAUGGAUGCAUUCGAUUUGACGGUGCCAGAAGGUGAAAAUGGUAUUGAAUACAAUUCAAGUGUUAUACCUGGUACAUGGAACGAGUUCGCAAUCAGUUCAUUCAGACUUCACAGUAUGGUUCGUAGAGAAAUCGGUUCAUUGAAUCUUCGGUUCAAACAAACUUUUUUAAAUCCCCUUCUUAUUCGCGAAGGACAUAUGACCGAAAUAAUCAGUGGUAUACGCCAAAUUCCAGCUGAGCAAUAUGACCGUUACAUGAUUCAAGAUUUUACAGAUUUCUUGUACGAGCAGCCCGGAGUGCCAUAUGGAAAGGAUUUAGCAUCAUUUAACAUCAAGAGAGGCAGAGACCAUGGACUAGCUCCUUACGUAGAAGUGGUGAAAUUUUGCUCCGAAGGAACAGUCCUCAUCUCAUCUUUUAAUGAUCUCUACAAACUGGGAUUGAUGUCGAAGUCUAACGCUAAUCUUUUGAAGCGAGUUUAUGCAGCAGUGGAGGACAUAGACAUGUGGGUGGGCAUGAAUUUGGAAGAGCAUAUGCCCGGUUCUCCACUGGGUCCCUCCGCUGUCUGUAUUAAUGCCAAACAGUUCUAUUUUAUGCAAAAAGGGGAUCGUUUCUACUUCGACAUCGUAGGCCCGGAGGCGCCGUUUACUUCAGAGCAAAGGAAGGCUAUCAAACAGAGCUCAUGGGCCCGAAUCUUGUGUGACAACACUCAUAUUUCACAAGUCACGAAGAAUCCAUUUCUUCUUCCCAGCGAUGAUAAUACUAACGUACCAUGCAGUGAAAUUCCCAAGAUUGAUCUCACGUUGUGGAAAGACGAAGGAAACGACACUAUUCGUUCACCCCAAUACUAGAUUCAACAUCAUUUUUAACAUUGAAAGAAACUCGUUGUAUUUAAAUAAAGUUAAUGAAAAUGAAAUUUCUAA